GUACAACACCUAAAGUAAAGCCCAGUCACUUUGGCCCAGACCAUUCUUACCUAUUAGCUCUAUAUAACACAGCGUAUAAGCGCUAGCCCGAGACGGACAUCCGCAGGCUACCCGACGAGUACGAAAUCGAUAUGCAGAUCACCGACAACAACUCUGGCGAGGCGCUUAUGAUAAUGUGGAUGAGCGUAAAUUCGUCAACAAGAAUCGGCGGUACUCCGUCCACUGUUGCUAUAAUCAAGGGGAUAAAGACUGCUUAUACAUCUGUCCCGGGCAUCGCAACAGGCUGGCUUGUGUUGACAAUGGCUGUGCUAGAAUUGGCUCAACAUCACGUUGGUUGGCUUCUAGCGGUCUUGCUUUGGCCGCAACUCGGCUCCCUUUUAUAUCUACAUUACAGGGAUAACUUUCAGCUUCAUUGGUGGACUAAAGGUGAUGCGCCACGUCAAGUAGGUGCGUCUCUUCGAAAAAAGCACGAGCAAGAAAGGGCGGGUCAUCAUCGACAACUAAACACCCAUCUCGUUGUCGUACUGCCAAAUUGGCAGGACCUUGAACUCUGGACACCCUCUUUGGCGUGCUGAAAUCUGUGGACAGUAUUCUGACACAGCUGGGAUUCGAGAACCCGAGAAAGCCACCAUCCAGCUAAGCAAUUUCCAUCGUAUCAAAAGCGGGAAAAGACACGUAAAGACAUUCGCAGCACACGGA